AUGGCGGAAGUUCAUUCAUCGUUUUUGGACAUCAUUCCCAAAUACGCUGGAGAAGCAUCAGAAUUCGCUGACUUUCUUUCUGCUUGCGAAUUAAUCGUCACACAAUUUCAAGACGCAGCAAAUCCACAAAAAAAAAAACGAACCCUUUCAGAUUAUUUCACCGCAUUUAAAAAACUGAAACCUGGUGAACAGACUGCUAGUGAUAGUGCAGAAACUAUUUGUGAAACUGCAAGUAGUGAUCCAGGACCUAGUAAAAUAGACGAAACUUUAGAAGAAAGUGAUGAGAGUUUUGAAAAUCUGCAGUCAACGGAUAGUGAAUCACUUUCAGAAGCUGAUUCUGAAACGGAAGAUUGCGAAGCAAAAUUUGAGAGCUGGAUAAAAUCUCGACAAAAUCCGGAAUUAAAACUCUCGAGUAGAUCACAUGUGCCAGGGCCUUUAGAUUUGUCGCAGACGAAAGUGGAUGAACCAAAACAACCUGUUUUACAGUUCUACCCAAAAACAAAAUUUUUAAAUAAGUUUCGUCAGUUCAAUAAAGCCUGGUACAAUACCUUUUCGUGGGUAGAAUAUAGUGUCAGUGCCGAUAGUGUAUAUUGUUUUGCGUGCAGACAUUUCUCACCUCAUGCAUCAGAUCAAAAUUCAAAUGUGGCAUUUAUCAGUGUGGGUUUUAAAAACUGGAAAAAAGCAAUGGACCAAACAAGUGGGUUGAAACUGCAUAAUUCAAGUUCUGACCACAAAAGCUGCAUGAUCAAGUGGAGUUCUUUUAAACAAAUUAAAGCAUCUGGAGAAGGAUCAGUUGCGGGACAGUUAAGUGAAGCUCAUUUGAAUUUAGUGAAAGAGAACAGACUGUAUGUAAGUAUCGUUGUGGAUGUUAUACUUUAUACAGCAAUGCAAUGUAUUGCCCAAAGAGGAUCCAAAGAAAAUUCAGCGAGUAGUAACCGAGGAAAUUUUCUGGAACUGUUAUCAUUGUUUGCAAAGUAUAAUGAUGUCGUAAAAAAGAAGUUGAAUGAAGAGGGUCACAAAAAUUCAAAAUAUACUAGCCCGAAAAUCCAGAACGAAAUUUUAUUUAUUAUUUCACGAAUGACGUUGGAAAAAAUUUCUACGGAAAUUAACAAAGCGUCAUGUUUUGCCGUAAUAUGUGACGAAACAAAGGAUAUUAGCAAAACCGAGCGGGUGUCGGUUGUACUUCGAUAUUAUUUGGAUGGUACCGUUUACGAAAGAUUUAUUGGAUUCCACGCGGCCCAAGAGUUGAAUGCAAAUUCCUUAUUUUCUUAUAUUAAAAAUUUGUUGCAACGGUGUUCUGUAGACAUCAAGAGGUGUGUUGCCCAAACCUAUGAUGGUGCCAACGUAAUGAGUGGUCGUGUGGGUGGUGUGCAAAAAUUAUUUACUGAUGAGGUCGAACAAGCCAUCUACGUGCACUGCUACAGUCAUAGAUUAAAUCUGGUAGUAGUUGAUAUCUGUCGCAAUUUGACUACGGCAAAUUUGUUUUUUGGUUUGAUAGAAAAUUUGUAUGUAUUUGUGUCUGGUUCUGCAAUACAUGCACAAUUUAUUAAUAUACAGAAAGAACUCCGUCCAAACAAAAAACCGAUUGAACUCAAAAAAAUAUGUUACACAAGGUGGACGGCUCAAGUUUUCGCUUGCUUAUCUUUAAAAAAGGUGUUUUUUCACUAG